AUGGCGAGCACACUGACUUCACGCGAUGAGCCCAAAGCGGCCGAGUAUGCUGGUGACGAAGUUUCUGCGCUGGUUCUCGACCCGGGAUUCUCAAGCGUGCGCGCCGGAUUCGCCGGCGAAGACACCCCCAAAUCGAUCGUCCCUUCAUACUACGCAUCUACAGGAUCGGAACGACUGUUCGGCGACCAUGUCAUCGAUGUCCCACGCGAAGGAGUCGAGAUUAAAAACCCGCUGAACAAGGAUGGAAUCGUGGAAGACUGGGACGCGGCCGAGGCGCUGUGGAAGUACACAUUCGCACACAAACUCACCGGGGUCCGACCGAACCGGGCGCUCCAAGAAUGGCUGAACGACCCCAAGGCAGUUCCGGAUCUGCAAAAGGCUAUGGCUGAGGCGGUCGACACGGAACGGUGCCUGGAGGACCACCCGCUGUUCAUGACGGAACCGUCGUGGAACCCGACGAAGUCGCGCGAGAAGUGUGUCGAGAUGGCGCUGGAGUCGUGGGGCGCGCCGGCAUUCUACCUGGGCAAGACGGGCGUGAUGGGCGCGUUCGCUGCUGGGCGGCCGACGGCACUGGUGAUUGAUUUUGGCGCGACGCAGGUGUCGGUGACGCCGGUGCACGACGGGAUGAUUCUGAAAAAGGGCGUGACGCGGGCCAACAUCGGCGGCAACUACCUCAGCCAGCAGGUCCGGAACAUGCUCGCGGCCAGCAACGACAUCAGCAUCACGCCGCACUACAUGGUGCAGUCCAAGCAGCCGGUCGACGCGGGCCAGGCCGCCAACGCAAUCCUGAAGACGUUCCCGGAAGGCUUCAAGCACCCAGACGCAAGCUUCCGACGGUACCAGGAGGACAAGGUCGUGCUGGAGUUCAAGGAGAUUGCGCUGCAGGCGUGGACCAACCCGAACAUGGCGUUCCGGGGACAGGGCGAGGCGCUGGCGCGGGACAUGCAGUACGCGCAGCCGUUCGAGUUCCCCGACGGCUACAACCAGACGUUUUCGAGCGAGCGGUUCAGGAUCGUCGAGACCAUGUUUGACCCACAGUGCCACUACCCUGCGACGGCGCCGGCGCAAGGGCAGGAAAACGACGAGUACCCGGCGCCGGAAGAAAAACAUACGGUCCCCGGCCUGGUCAAGGCGUCUCUGGGCCAGGUGGACGUCGACGUGCGGCCGUUCCUGCUGUCCAACGUGGUCAUCACGGGGGCCGGGUCGCUGAUCCGCGGACUGCCAGACCGCAUGCAGCAGGAGCUCAGCAAGAUGUACCCGAGCUCUCGGGUCAGGAUCCAGGCGUCGGGCAUGGCGGUGGAGAGGAAGUUUGGCAGCUGGAUCGGCGGCAGCAUCGUGGCCAGUCUGGGUACGUUUCAUCAAAUGUGGAUUUCGAAAAAGGAAUACGAAGAACAUGGGCCGGGUAUCGUCGAAAAGCGGUGUAAAUGA